ACUCAAUGGUGUUCUAGUCCAAGGUUCCAAAGGCCUUCCACAGUACUCCCCAAAACACAUGGUCACAUCCCACUCAGGGUACCAACUUCUUAGGGUUGUUAUUGAUGUGGACUAUCCAGAACAACUUACAGUGCUGGGGACAGCACUUGCAGCAUGUGAGCCUUCUGGGAGAGUCUGAACCACCCAGCUGUAAGAAAUGUGUUCUCAUCUGGCUCUUCCAACUUCGAGUCCAGUCUUUUGUCAACCCCAGCCACUCCAAGGUGGUCCCAGUGAAGAACCAGCAACUUUUGUUCAAACUCUCAGUGCCUUCACCUGGCUUCCCUGCUGUUCACUUUGAGUCACUUGUCUAGGAAACUGGGGUAGGGACUCUUCUGGCCCAGAGGAGAGAAGAAAGAAAGCCUAAAUCUAGGCUUAAGGAUUUGAGCUGUCUGCUGAGGAUUCAGUCUCCUGUACAACCCUGGUUUGGUCACCUGAAACAACCCACUUGCCUACUCUUUGGCAUCUCCUGACAGCACUGGCCACAUCCUCAGACCUCUCAACCCAUCUCAUUGCCUGGCUCCUCUGUUUCUAUUCUCUCUCCUUAUCAAGCCCCCUCUGUGCAGGACACAGCCUAACUCCCUCUGUGAUGGACUCAAAAGGCCACAAGAAGCCCUGCCGGCAUAAGAAGAAGGAAAUCAAGACUUAUGAGAGAUUUGUCAAGAAGUUUCCUUACAGGUUACCUCAUUUGACGGAGCCUAGCACAUCAUGCCCACCAUCUUGUAAGGCCAAGAGCAACUCACUGAAGGACAAACUGCCCUUACAGAAGAAUCUGGUGCCAACACGGUCCAUCCCCAUCCCAGGGCUCGGCGCUCCGCAAGUCGCAUGGCCAUUCAGCUUCUACUCACCACCCCCACAUCCCCCACUGUGUAACCUCUGGGAACUUAAAUUACUGCAGCUCCGUUUCCCCACACAAGAUCUUCCCAGGCUGCCUCCUCUGCAGACCCCUGACAACCAGCCCCUCACCAGUGGGAUUUCAAAGCCACCUGAGAGCAUUCCCUAGAAUGCCUGCUUUUCAAGGCUCCUUUCUUAGCCUCAUUCUCUCUGCUCCAGACAGCUGCCUCAGAGACAUUUGUAAAGGGAGCAGCCUUGUAGACCACUAAAAAACCAGGAGUGGUCCAUCCCCCACAUGCAAAGACCAUACAGCACCAAUAAACUUUGCAGGUUCAAAUCCC